AUGGAGAAAGAGGGCACACAAUGGCAAAUAAAAUGUCCUCACAUCCCAAACUCAACUUACAGUGAGCAGCAGGGGCAGACUGAGAAGGCUUCAAAGAAAAAGGUUGACAAUAAAAAGGGAGGGGCUUCCAAAUACAAGCACCAGGAGGGUGAGAAGCUGGAGGAGGGUCAUGACAGACUUUCAAAGAAUAAGAUUGACGUGAAAAAGAGAUGGUCUUCUAAAUACAACCACGAGGAAGAGGAGGAGAAGGCGGAGGAGGAGGCGGAGGAGGAGGAGGAGGAUGAUGAGGCGCGUCAUGACAGACCUUCAAAGAACAAGCGGGCCAGCGAAGAGGAGGAGUGUAUUGGGGAUAAAGAGGACAUAGUACCACCCUCUAAGAAAAAGACAGCUGCUGAAUUUAGAAAACACCUGGACGAACAGAUGUGGGAGAGAAGGAAACUCAACCAAAUGCAAAUAAAUUUGCAGGAGUUGAGAAAUGAAGUCCAUUCUCUUAAAAAUGAAAAUGCACGUCUGAAAGACAUUAUCAUCAAUCAAAUCCCUCAAAUGAAAAGUGACCUCGCCAUUAUUGCUCAAAAGACUGGAAGGACUCCUGUGGAGGAUCUUGAUUCCUCCUUCUCGACUUUUGGAGAAGUGCAACCGACUCCAGAGAGGAGACCGAGCCCCGAGGAGACUGAGCCCUUUAAAGAGAGUCCCAUGGUGACUGAGUGCUUUCGAGAGACACUACAGACUGCAGCUGAGGCCUCAGCGAAAACACAGAUUGAAGUUAUAAAGGGCUCUGGGGUGUUUUGCCAGGCAGAAGCGUGGAAAGCAGCCCGCCUUGCCAACUCUGCUACUGCCAUGGUGCGGAAUCUGCUGCUGGGCACCUUUGAUUUGGAGACUUUGCUGAAAAGCAACCUGAAUGGUGGGAAGCCAACCAGAGGGGAUGGGGAGCAGCUGGUCGCCCUUGACAAAAUUAAAAAGGCAGCCAUUAUUGGCAUCAAUGGAGACUGCAAAAGAUGCUACAUUGAAGAAGUGGCCGGCAGCCAGCCGAGGGCAGAUAGGCACAUCUAUUAAUUCGAAGCUCACGGAGCUGAGAAGAGCAACAAGAUGAUUUUUUUUUUUUUUCUGUUCAGUUUUUUUGUGUUAUUUUUGUUCUUGUACUAUUUGAUUGAUCUUUAGUAAAUAAAUAAUGUACAUUUCUACAUUUUGGACUUUUAUUUAUGUUGCCUAGCAGCUAUGGAUUUUAAUUUUACUAUUAUAUAGGUGAACUUAUAGGUGCAUAUAU